AUGAAGAUAUUCGUUUUAUUGCUCAUUAUUUUUUAUCCUCUAUUAAUAAAUAGUGAAGAAAUCUUAUCUUAUACAGAUAUAAUUCGAGAUUAUUGUUCACCACCAUUUUAUUAUUAUAAAUCAUGGUGUUAUUAUAUCUUUCCAAAUAUAACAUUAGAUUGGUCAUCAGCAUAUCGUUUAUGUCAUUCAAUUGAUAAACAUACAUAUCUUGCAUAUAUAUCAGGUGAUGAUGAAAUGAUUGAUCCAUUACGUGAUAUAUUAAUUAAUCGAGAACGAUCAAAAGAAAUCAAAUCAAUCUGGACAAAUACAACAUGGGGUCAACAAAAACGUACAAUCUUAAGUCGAUCUUCAAAACGAUCUUGUCGUAAAAUUGAAUUAAAAUCCAAUAUAAAAUCAGGAGAAAUCAAUAUGCUUCGUAUGCCAUUUACAAAUUGUCGAGAAAAACAUACAGUUAUGUGUCGAAAAGAACUUCCAUUGAAUAUUAUAUGUCGUCGACCAUGGGCAUUAAUCUAUGGUAUAUGUUAUUAUUUCGAUGAACAAAAACGAAUAACUCAAAGUGAAGAUGAAGAACGUGAAAUACUUCAAUGUCAAGCAUGGGAUGGACAAUUAUUUACAAGUUCAAAACAAGAAAAAUAUCUUCUUCCACCAUUUCUAACCUAUUCAUUACAUAGUCUUCAAUCAAGUACAGUUUUAACAGAAAAUUUUGGCGGAAUAUCUUAUACAUUUGAAAAUAUAAUACAAGAUAAUUGUUCACUUAUAUCCGGUGAUCUUUAUUUAAGUACAACACUUACACAAUUAAAAAAUUCAAAUACGACAAGAAAUUGUUCAUCAUAUAAUUCUUAUACAUUAUGUCGACAAGUUCAAAAUAUAACUUGUGAACCACCAUGGUUUUAUGAUGAUGGAUUUUGUCUUUAUUAUUCUUCUCGGUCACCUGUUGAUAUGGGUACAGCAUCAACUGAAUGUUCACAAAAUGG